AUAUUUAUAUACUCAAGUAUGGAGUUGAAUUCUCUGUUAAUCCUUCUGGAGGCAGCUGAAUAUUUGGAGAGAAGAGACCGAGAAGCAGAGCAUGGCUAUGCAUCAGUUUUACCCUUCAACAGUGAUUACUCAUUGAAGAAAACCAAAGCAGCCUCACUAUCUAGAAAAUCCCAGAAUAACAGGUCAUCGCACAACGAGCUGGAAAAGCACAGGCGAGCAAAGCUAAGACUAUACCUGGAGCAGCUGAAGCAGCUUGUGCCACUGGGCCCGGAGAGCAACAGGCAUACCACUCUAAGCCUCUUGAAAAGAGCAAAAAUGCACAUUAAGAAAUUAGAAGAACAGGACCGAAAAGCAUUGAACAUUAAGGAGCAGCUUCAGAGAGAACGCCGCUACCUCAAGCGCCGCCUAGAGCAGCUCUCUGUGCAUGGGAUGGAGCGUAUGCGCACCGAUAGCAUGGGCUCCAUCCUGUCCACCGACUCUGAGCAAGAAGUGGACAUUGAAGGCAUGGAAUUUACCCCCGGUGAAAUGGACAGUAUUGGGAGUGCCAGCGACGUGGAUGACCACUACAGUUUGCAAAGUGGCUCCAGCGAUAGUGGCUACACACAUUCCCUGAGACUUAAUUCCGCUCUUUUAUAGUGGCCAAAACUCUGGACCAACUCAGGACCAUCCAGCUAAAAGCACUUACAUCACGAAAAAAACAACAAAAAAAAAACCUAAAAAAAAAAACCUAAGGAAACAAACAUACCUUAAAAAGAGUUGUUACCCGUCACUCAGCCAGGACUGUGUCCUACUCUGAGUCCUUAAAGGAGCAGUCCCGAUGAGAGGGGCCCCCCGUCAUUCCAUCCACAGCACUAGACAUCCCAGCUAACACUUCUGGUGGAGACCUGUGGUGAGACCUGAUGGGGAGAAGGUUUUGCGAGUUGCAUAAAAAAAAAAAAAAAAGAGUUCAAAGCUCAAUUAAGCCCAAUAUUGCAGUCAUAUCAUUCCAUUGCUAAGUAUUACAUGGAGACACAGAGAGGAGCAGGUCAGAUAUUUUUGAUUACCAGAGAUUAUAUAGUUUUAAGAAUGAAGUAGAAUUUGUACAUGCUGGCCUAGUUUCAUAGUUAGGCUUACCAAAAUAAAUUAGAACAGGUAGUAGAUCUGUCAGUGUCAGUAUUUCACGUACUUGUGUUUGGAGAGCAGGAGGGGAGAGAAACUUCCUUUCACUUCUGUAUCUCCUCUUUAUGGGAAGUGAUUACAAUUUUCAAACUCGUACUGUAUACAGAAAAAUGAGGGAAGACCACCUGGGUGUGGCUUCGUAGACCUACAUCUUCCUUCUUUUUCUGCGGUUAUCCUUUCAAUGCUGGAGAACCAGCUGCCUAUCAGAGCACCACUGACUACUCCUGGUUGAAGGUGGCCAUAUGACAUCACAUGUUUAGGGGGAAAGUCUACUUUACAAAUGGGUAUUUGGAUGAGGUGGAACUUUAUCACAUGAUGCUCAAGUUCAGUAGGUUGAAUUCAUUUUGGGACAGGCCAAUCGUGAUACGUUCUAAGAUGUUUUACACCCGCUUUUGAGAUCCACAAUAUAUUGCAAGAUUGACAAAUUUCUUGUCUCUAUCCUAAUGCUAGCUUCUCCGGUCAUAAGGGUUGUACGUUGUAAUCUUUGUGCCACCAUAUAAGGUCAUGGACUCAUUUUUAUACCAUAAAUGUUCACUAGGAUGUACUGUAUAUCAUUACAUUACCGUCCUCUGAGUAUAGCAAUAUAACCUUCAGAAGAUUACCAGGUAGGCUAAGAUCCAUUAAGGUUUUUCUUGCAAAAUCUACUGAUGUGCCCCCCAGACUUCCCUCUAAACAUGGUAUCUGGUCAAAUAACACAAGUGACUAUAUUUACGAAGCUUCCCGGCAGGUUGGAAUUAAAAUUUAAAGCGACACUAGCAUUCAACUUAAAGCACCCCGGACCUUUACAUUAAGUGUCGGCGUUGCUUUUAAUUUUCAGCUACGAUCACCAAGAAGCGUAACUAUAACCCAAGAACUCUUUUUGCUCGAGUGAGGCAAAAUUGGGAAUCGCUUUGUUUUGUGUUUUAACCUUUCAGCUACCACUGCAUUUAACUGAAGGCAUGGCUUACAGCUGCUGCGUAUUACAUUGUGUUUCCUCUGCACACUAGGAAAUAUGUUUUGACGUCUAGAAUGAAAAAGCUAAAAAUUAAAAAAAAAAGUAGGAAAAAAAAAAUUCAUGCUGUGAAGCGGCACUGUUUAUUUUAUAUACUUUAAAUAUGUAUCUAUGAGAAUUGUAGCAAUACUAUGAAGUCGUAGUCUAGUUUUAUUUGUGUAACACAGCCUCGUUUUCUCUUGUUAAGUCUGUCAGAGCAAGGCUUGCUGGGUAAAGAGAAUAACACGACCAAUCAGAGUGUUCCAUCACCUACACAAAAGGGAGGCUGACAUGUUGGGGGAUGUCACUAGAUGCCUGUGAAUGGAUUACACAGAUAUCAAUUCAGCUCUGCUGCAUGUAGGUGAUGGGUCGCUAUGUUCUCUGUUCUGGAUACAAUAGAACAUGUUGGGGGAGAUGUAUCAAAGCUUGGCGUCAGAUAAAGUAGCAACCAAUCAGCUCAUAACUGUCAUUUUUCAAACACAGGGGCCGAUGUAUUAAGCCUGGAGAAUUGAUAAAGCAGUGAUAAGUGCAAGGUGAUAAUGUACCAGCCAAUCAGCUCCAGUGUGUAAAUUGCCAGUUAGGAGCUGAUUGGCUGGUGCGUUAUCACCUUGCACUUAUCACUACUUUAUCACUUCUCCAGGCUUAAUAUAUCUGCCCCACAGCUUGUAGAAUGACAGGAGCUGAUUGGUUGUGAGAUAGGUUUAUCUCGCUCCAAGCUUUACAUAUACCCCUUAGUCAGAGGAAACAGAGGUUGUGCUAAUGGAAAAAAAGAGAAAAAAAAGCUAUUGACACUUUUCUGGCGAGUGAUUUUAGCAAGUGUAGUCUAUAUUUCCUGUAAAAGAUUUUGUAUUAUAUUUUCCUAAAUGUUCUCAUUAUAUUGGGGAGGGAGGAUUGGGAUGGGCAAGGGAUGAAUCCAAACCAGAGUCUCAGGGACUCUCUUAUUUUCUUCAUAUUGUGCCUUGGUAAUCAACUGUCAUUUUCUUUGACUAUAUCGGAGAUUAUUUUCAGUGGAAAGCCUUUUACCUGGUUUUUAAUCUUGACCCUAUUACACAUUUCAGCAGUGCUGGAGUGACAGUUCCAGAGUACCAGUACGGUCAUUGAAAUGUACCGUUAUGGAUUUAAUUUACGAUACAGGCCUAUUAGGCAAAUACAGUAGACAAAUAAUAAUUGUAGACAUCGUUAUACACAAAUAAUUGUGUGAUACCCCCAAGAAGAAAGGGACUGUACACUUGGUCCAGUCCAAUCACAGACAUGGUGGAGCUGAAUCUGGGCCGGAACCAGUCGCGGCUGUCCUUUGGUCUUUUGCCGCAGUCGUGCCUGGGACUUUAUGUUAAUGUCUGGUGUACAGCGGUGCAUCCAGAUGUGCAAAGUACUAAGACGCCCACUCAUAGCAUAUAUAGAUGCUACAUUAUCGACUCUUGUAUGGUAGGUGCCGUUUCUGUGUCAGUGUAUGGCCUCCUAUGUGUGCGGCUGUGCGUCUUUGUGCGCAAACACUUUCAGCGGUACACCCGUGACACUCCCAUAAAACGCAACCUCUCGGUGUGUCUGAUUAGCCACCGCCCAGGAAUACCCCAUACAUUUCCAAUACACUUCUACUGCACAUUUACAUUUGUGCUGCGGCUCUGUACGAACAAAAUCUGGACGCAUGUGGUGUGUGUUACUCAGACGCAUGCGCAGAUUAAAAACAGUGCUCCGCUGCGUCCAACUCGGAGUCCGCCCUGGAAUGUUUUGUACACUGGCUGCGGGAAAGGACACUUUUUAAAAGAGCAGACAUCGUAUAGCCUAAAUCAUAUUAAUAUCUACUUCUAUUGUAUACUCCCCCUAAAACUAAACACUAAUCAGUUGGCAUUUAAACGUUGCCCUCACAUUCAUACCAAGAAAAGAUCAAAGUUAUAUUACAUGUCACUCGUUCAUAAUUAAUUGAUAGGAUGAGCUUUGGUUCAAAAUAAAAAAGGGCUGACCCCUCUACGUAGGGGCCACGGGUACAAUGUCCGCACCUUACAUCAUUCAUCCAUUUAUAACCUAUUUUUCUAGAAAACGCUGAUUCCAUGUAUGUAGGGCCAGCACUCUCAUCCCCCAAAUCUCCCCCCUUCCCCCUCUGGCAUUGCGUCUCCACCCCUGCUGUCUCUUACCUUAGCAGGCAGGUGUGGUGGGGACAGCACCUUUCAAGUCAGCGACUGGCGCAUUGUGUGGGGGUACCGCAGGCAUUAAAUGCACUGGAUAAUUGAUAUGCCACUCAUUCAAUAUUUUAGGUGCCCCCUAACCAUUUGCGACUUAGGUGACCACGCAGGUUUGCCUAAUGGUAACACCAGCCCUGCACGCAUGAUUUAGUAAGUCUUAGAUCUUUUCUAGACAUAACACUUCAGUGUACGUCAAUCCUAUAUUGCGCCGCUGCUUCCUACCAAAUGGAACAUUAGAGUAAGAAGUUAUUGGUCGGACAAAAUAAAUUGGACAAAAGGUUCUAAAACAAACUUUGCACGUCUUUAAAUAAGUCUAGAGAACAUAUUAUUUGUAGCUGUAGCAACAUGUUAAAAUCCCAGCUUUUACUGUUAAAACAGCCAUCUCUCUCCGUUAAGAAAACCAGUUAUUGUUAGACAAUUUCUACAUGUUGUGGCAGCUUAAGAUUGCAUUCACAGUAUGAAAUGGAAAAUGUGGCAUUUACAUAGCAAGCGAUCAGAUUCUUCCUCCUUUUUCUAGUGAAGUUUAGAAGACAAAAGCGGUCGCCUGAUUGAUUGCUGUGUUAUUUCCUGUGCGCUAUGUAUCAUGAAGGUCCCCUGUCAUUUGCACUUACUUGGCUUUGGGUUUUGCCUAUAAGAACAUACACGUAUGUUUAUUUUUCGUGACAUUAUAUUGAUUCAGGUUCACCCCUUCACUACUGGAUGUUGGGGGGGGGGGAUGGGGGUGCAGUCACUACACUUGGCAGCUGAACAUUCUAUUAAGUGACUGUGCUCGGGGAGAUGUUAGUCUCUCUCGCUUAUUAUUAUUGCGAAGGACCUUGGCAAUAUUUAAACUGUGUAUUUGAAAGCAGAAAUAAUUAUUAUCUCUGUUAUUUACAAUGUACUUGGCAAAGGCAUCCAUUUUUCUCUGGAGCCGAAACCAUUUUUCAGCCUAUCAGCACUCAAGAAUCGAGUUUGGCCGUUGGGCUUCCUCAGACGCUCAUUGCUUGCGAUUGGACAGGCUUUGAGUUUCCGAAUCUCAGCUAUGCCCACGAAACAGGUGCUCUGGUGCUUUUGUAGGCAACAGGUGCUUUUAAUUGGCAAUCACGUGACCUAGACCUGCUUUAGGCAACAGUAGACUGUUACCAUUGACGGAGUGAAAGUACUAUUGAUGGCUGAUCGUAAUUACAGAACCCAAUAAAUGGUUACGCAGUGUCUUUCUGCUGCCAGAAGCUUAUAGUGCAUAGAACCAAUGUGUAGGGUCACUAUUAGAUCAAAUAAAGAGAAUAUUGCACUGAUGAAAAGGAAACUAUGUAAUUUAUGUGGGCAAGAAUUAGCUAGAUUUCAGUUCUUCCAUUGUGGCUUGUGCUUUGUACAUCUUGCAUGUUUGUACAGUAUGGACUGGUUGCCCACAUACUAUGGAUGCAGGUCCGUUUGUGGGCAGCCUGUGCUCUAGGAACCAAUCACAUCACUGAGGCAGGAGGAACUCAUUAUUGAAUGUAUUCUAUCACUGAGGAUGAGUAUGCUUAAUGUUGGUACAGCCCACAAAAGGGCUUCUUCCAGUAUGUGUGGGUGACCGGUAUAAUAUAGUCACUUUGCCAAAAAAGGUUUGCAGCCCCUGAAUUGGUUUAGCCAUUCGUACGAAGACAUUCCAAUUAUGUUCAUACUCCUUUAGCAUUUAGUAAUUACCAUUGCUAUGCAAAAUAUUCCUUUCAACACUUUACCCCUUCGCUAGUUCGAAUACACAUUAAGGAUUGGCAUUACGGCGUCAAUGACGUCGACUGAGACGAGUACAAUCUCACUGACCAGGGGUCCUAUGGGACAGCUGAAUUCUGUACAUUGUCCAAUCACGUGUUAAAUCCUUGAGAUUAUUUCUAUAGUGUGUGAUGCCGAGAAUAUCCUGUGUUUAUGUUUAGCACAAUGCUGUCGAUAAAGCUUAUUUGAUGACAUUCAUCUUCUACAGUCCGAUAGAGGCCAUUGCCUGGGAAGUCCUGUAAAAUAGGCCGUGCAAAGAAGGUUCGAGUCAGCCACUUGCAAGAGAACAAUAUAAAAUAAUAGCCUUGCUUUACCGUCUUCAGCUGACUAGAAUUAUAUUCCGUUUAUUAAAUCAUUUCACGAUUGAUGCCCAUUUAUGACAACUGGUCAACAGAUGGUGUUUCCCAUAGCUGGCGGUCACUAUUUGCUUUUAUAAAGUGUAGUAAAUAAAUCUGAAUGAUUGCUAUGGGGAUCACAAGCCUUUUUCUGUAGUACGUGUAGUCCAACAAUCUAUUUUGUAACAUAGGGGGAAAUAGAUUUGAUGACAUUUUUCAUACUAAACAUCACUUUUGUACAAGCCCUGUACGGUGACAAUUGACUUCACAGAUUUUGCGAUACCAGUUACUAGAAUCUGGGUCUUUAAAAUUAAAUAACAUUAAAUUGUAUUUAAUGCACACUAAUGUUAUUCUAGCAAAAUAAAUUUAGGUGGGACCUGAAUGUUCAUAUUAAAUUAGAACAACACCGUACAGACCUGGCCGUAUCACACAGACGGUGUUACCUGCAGCAUCAGACAGAUUACAGUGUAACCGGACAGGAACUCAGAAGUGAACGGAAUUCUCUGGCACAAGUUUUCCAGAGGCCGAAUGACCCAUAUCAUGAAGGCAGGCUGUGGCUUGUGCUCAAUGUCUUGAAAUAGCUUGGCCCGCCAGAGGAAAGGGCGAGCCCAGGUCAAUUGUCACCACUCCCGGUGAUAGUAGCAGUCAGCCCUCUUACUGGGAGUAGUCACUCCCACCAACUCAACUUUGAUUAUCUGCUUCCGCAAGAUCCAAAAUUUGUCAUUCUUACAGGCUAUUCAAAAGUAAUGUCUAGAUUGAAAAAUAUGUUAUUCGCAAUGUGGGUUUCACUGAUGUCCCGCUACCUGCCAUCUGGGGUAUAUGUGUAUAACUACUAGUGUAUACUUUAUGGCACUUGGUGUCUUGUCAUUGUUCUCUGUCUUCGCUGCAUAGGCUCUAAAAUUGCGUUAUGCCAAAAUAAGAUUUAACUGUGGUGAGUGACAAAAAAUGUGCAGGGUAAUUUCAUAUAUGGAGGAUUUGUAUUUUUGUGAGCAUUACUACCUUUUUUCCCGUGUUCCGGUCAUAACAAUAGAUAGCUUGUUUUAAUUUAGGUUUACCAAUGCGAUUAGUCUUCCUUGUAUAGAGCCUAAAAUUAGCUAUUUAUCAAAAUUGACAUUUUGUCAGGUUACAUAUUAAGCUUUGUUGUUGUUUGCGGGUUGCAGUACCUUAUGGGUGCACCAGAAGAACCUGUGAGCUGUUAUUUCACAGUUUGAUUUUGCAAACCAGCACUAGGGCCUUAAUUUAAUAAAAGGCAAAAAUCUAAACUGUGGCAGCCCAGGGCUGCAACCCCAAUAAAUCUGAGGUAAUUAGCUUUUUGUGCACUGCCUUCAUGCACAACGUAAUGUAAAUCUUAGAAGUGAACAUUCACAUUGGCAAAGUCAGAGACUUUCUUUUUCUUAGGGGUAGAUUUAUUAAACCUUUAUCUACUCUUUAGUAUCUGACCUUCCCAGAAUUUAAGGUAUGCUUGUCGUCUACAGUGAAGACAGACAUUUUGUGGGCUGGACCAAUACUCACAAGAAAGCAGCCAAUCCGUUCUCUAGAAACUAGUGGCAGGAAGCACGAUUGCCUCAAUGAUGUAAGUAGUUUCUAGCGAAUUGAUUGGCUGAGCCCGCAAAAUGGCUCCAUCAAUGUAGGCAACAGCAGGUACAUAAUAGGAGGUAGUAGUCAGAUGCACGUAUGCAAACUGUUAAAUAAAUUGAAAGUCAAAGUUCUAUUUAAACCUUGUCGUUUGUAUUGUACGAUAGCACAAUUCUGUUACUGGAACCCAGGUGAUUUAUGAGUUAUUUACACUUUUGAGAGACCAGAAAUAUAUUCCCUUUAUAUUUUUAAACUAACCAGUGUAUAUUUUAUGUUUGUAAAUGAACAAAAAGGAAAACAAAAAAUGCCAUUAUUUUUCAACCACUGAGAGAGAUGACGUGGGAUUCAGAAGUACAAACAUUGUUUUGGUAAUAAGUUAUACUGGAGAGAAGACUGCAUGUUAUCUGUGAACGUUAUAUGUUCUAUUACAAUGCGCUACUUUUGUCAGAACAUUCAUUUAUGUUCCCAGGCGAUCUGUUGACCGUAGAUCACGGCCAAUAUAACUGGUGACAGUGCUGCACUGGGAGAUUUCUGUGCCAGAAAAAAAAUUAUAUAUAUAUAUAUAUAUAUCUAUAUAUAUAUCUAUAUAUAUAAAUAUAUAUAUAAUGCUUUAUAACGUGUAAGAUGUAUAAUAUUGUAAAAUUCUGAACACAUGUUCAUGGUGCUUGCUACAACUGAUAGCUUGCUGAUGGUAUUGUGCUCUGUCAUACUUUCAUUGUAAUAUACAUACAAAUUUUUAUA